GUAAGGAGUGUCACAGUUACUAUUGCCUGUUGGCCGAGGUAUCUACAAAUCAUUUUUUUUCUGAAAUUUUGCCCAACUUUUUUUCCUGCUGGUUCUCCUGUGAUGUAAUUGAGACUUAAAAAAACGGACAAAAAGAUAGCAAAACUAUAAAAAGAAAUUCAACAAAGAAGCAAGAAUGUACCUUUUCAUCAGUCUACUCUUGGGCUCUAUGGUACUCAAAAGCCAUCAAUUGGUAUUGUCUGACUGUGGAGAUACUUACAGAAGUCCAGAAUACAAUGACAUCUCAGUGGAAUGUGGCACAUCUACAAUUUCCCUGGCCAUCCUUCUCUGCCCUGUGGUCUUCACCGGCUACAACGAAUCUCUGCUCAUUCUCAAUAAAUUGUCGGACGACCCGCAGUGCAAGGGCACCAUGGACGAGAGUGUAACCCCACCAGUCAUACGCUUUGAGUUCCCGCUCAAUGCCACCAACUCCUGUGGGAGCGUCUUCAAGACCACCAGCGCGGUCGGGACGGGCGUCUUCUCAGACUUCUCCAACAUCGAGAGGGUGAACAUCAGCGGCAUGGUGAGGUCCCACGACGUCACCACGGGGACCGUCACAUACAACGCAGAGCUGAAGUACUACUUCUCCUGCUCUUACCCUUUGGAGUACCUCAUCAACAACACCCGCUUGGACGUGGCGACAUCAUCCAUUGCAGUGACGGACAACAAUGGGAGCUUCAUCAGUACUCUGAAAAUGGAGCUCUACAGCGAUAUCAACUACACCACCCCUCUCAUCAUACCACUGGAAGGUAUAGAGCUGAGAACCGUAGUAUUUGUCCAGGUCGUGGCAACUAACCUGACCGCACAGUACAACGUCCUCCUGGACCGUUGCUACGCCUCCACCGCUCCUAACCCCACUGACACCAGCAUCUUCAACCUCUUUGUCUCUUCGUGCUCCAGUGACCAGUUCACGACCAUGCUGAUGAACGGCGACAACCAAAAUGCUCGCUUCUCCUUCCCCGCGUUCCGCUUCAUCGAGCAGCAGAACCAGACCGUGUCCACCUAUUAUUUGCACUGCAUCACCAGACUGUGCGAGAUUAGCACCUGCAGCAAAUUCAAGGAGUGUGGCGAAAGGAGAAAAAGAGAUGUCAAUAAUAUUGCUGACGAUGGAGUUACAAAUUCCACCACCCUCACAUCAGCAAAUCCCAUUGUUACAAGAGCUGAGAAUGUUGUCACAUCCAAAGAGGAAGCUCUUUCAGGUGGGAAUUCCAGCUCCACAACGGGACUGGGAAUCGCUGUGGGCGUCCUGGCUGCUGUGGUCAUUAUGGUUGGUGGCAUGGCAUUCCUCGUCUACAAGAGGGCCAAACACCUUUAAAGGGGUUGCUUGUCCUAUUGCUCCUAGCGGGCAUCCGGGUUCCAACUUGGUUCUACAAUCAAGCUGGGAGGGGUAACUGGAUGCGGAAUUCAAUUUAAAUAGAUCCCUUUUUCAUCCAAUUACAUAAUAUACAAUUAGAUUAUUUUCGUAGUAGGAUGAUGCAAAUUUUUAGGAUAAGCCUGUGUGGGAAUGCACUAUUGCACUUUCAUCUUUGACAGGACAAAGCUUAGACUAGUUUGUAAGGGCGAUUUCUUCGAAGGUUUUAAUUUCUAAUCAUAGCUGUGUCUGCAGCCAUUUUGUAAAGCAAGUAGAAAACAAAACCGAAAACUUAGUUUCACGGAUAGAAGGAUGUGGAUAAUGAAGGUUCCAGAAAUUGGUUACAUUUAUGAAUUCAUAUAUUUGGAUUUAGUUUUUUAUUACAUAUCUAUAUUUUACUACCAUAUUGAUACAAAUGGUUUGGAUAGCCAGAGAAAUAAUCAGCACUAAGCAUAAGAAAGUACCCAGUAGAAUGGAACAUAUGACUUGCUCUUUUUCAUAAUGUACACUCCACAAUGUCGUAAGCCAUUAGCAAAGCCAAACAAAGUAACAUUUCAAUACCUUAGCAUUUUUAUUUUAAGCUAUUACCUCUGUUAACUCCCUCCUGACUAUGUAUGUUGAUAUGUAUGUGUAGGCAUGUAUGCAUGUUUAUGCUCAUUAAUAAUCAUUUGUAGUUGUAUAACUGUAAAUAAUGAAGAUAUGUUCUCAAGUACUCCAUGUUAAGAGCUUUUUUUCGAAUAGACCACGCUAUACUUAAAUACAAUAUUCAAACAUUGUAAUACAUCUCUAUGGUUAUACCGUAUAAUCAGACUGAGAUGAUGCUGUCGGUGAUAGUACAAGUGGCAAAGCAAACAUGGAAGAAAGAAACAGGGUUUCAAGCAGCAGCAGAAGUGGCCCUGAGUGUGUAAUUUAGAUUACUGCCAAUGAAUGCAGUGAUGCAAGCCAGCAAUAAUUAAUUAAUAAACACAAGAACUCAACAA